CAUGAAUUAAGGUAACAAGCGGUUGUUUACAUCGGAAUAGAGCAGGCUGUUCGGAAACGUAAUUAAUUUUGUGACUUUGAAGCUACGACUGGAACCAACAUCUGGUCUAUGGCAAGUACCUAACUUAUCUGUACGAUGCCCUGAUGGUUCGGGAUGUUGGUUGGUUACAGCAGCAGCUCUGAGGAGGACAGUGAACCCGGAAGUGAAGCGAGGAGUCGAAAUAGCCGAAGAUCAGUGGAGGAAGAUGAGGGAACCCGAGACCUUCCAACCAAGAAGAAAGCCAGAACCGAGGAGCUGGAUCCUAAAACGAGUCUGAUUAUUUCAGGUGAAAAUAAAACGUGCAUGUCCUGCAGACUGCCUCUGCCCGGUUGCCUCCUGAGCAUGUUCCCUGAUGACGACGAUGAAGCACUGACUGAAGACAGCUCCCUUCAUGGUGGACGCAUCCGCUCCUUCAAGCACGAGAGAGGAAAUUGGGCCACUUAUGUUUAUCUGCCUUACCCUCCUGAGGAGGAAUUUGAGGAGCUUUUAGAGGAGUUGCUGUCAGCCUUGGGGGCUCAUGGUCUGAUGCUGACGCAGCAGGAGGAGUUCCACCUGAGUCUGUCUCAGACGGUGGUGCUCAGGCACCACUGGAUCCAGCCAUUUACACAAAGCCUCCAGUCGGGCCUUUCUCAAUGCGGAAGGUUUGCGUGUUCAGCAGCAACGCUGAAGGUCUACUGCAACGCUGAGAGGACAAGGACCUUCUUGGGGAUGGAAGUGUCCACCGGUCAUGCUCAGUUGUUGGAUCUGGUCCGAGUUGUCGACAAAACAAUGAUCGAGUUUCAAUUGGACACUUUUUAUAAGGAACCAUCUUUCCACGUGAGUCUGGCCUGGUGUGUGGGAGACCAGACGGAGAAGAUGAAGGAACUCUUACAGGAGCUGCAGAUUAUGGUAGAUGAUCGUGAAGAAGGGCCGUUUCUGUUGAGGUUGGACUGUGUAGAAGUUCGCUGCAGGACAGGAAACAAGACUUUUCGUUUCUCACUAAAGACCUCGUGAGUGAGCAGACUGGCAUUGAGUCUGCGACUCACAGCUGCAAAAAAACAGAUGUUACAGACGACGGCUUACAAGCAUCAUCAGGCAGUCUAGAGCCACAGGUUGUUUUUUUUGUACCAAAGAUAAACUAAAUAAAGCUGCUACUUGUUUUGUACAUCUUUUUGUUGGUGACUUGUUCUUCACAAAACCAAUUUUUAUUGCGUGUGCUGGAAGCUGCUAUGAUGCAAAGACAGCUUCUCUGAGAGGAAGCUGGGCUUUUACUUAGCUCUGAAACCUCAGUGAGUCACAGGCUGAUAUUCACAAGAAAAUAGAGAAGGUAAUUUGCUUAUAAGACUUAUGAGAAUGAGGAAGCAUUUUUUUUCUCCAUGUCUCAUUGCUCCAUUAAAACUGGCAAAUGCUGAAUGUAAGGGAAGUAAAUUCAGAAGAGAAAAACAAAAUAACUCUUUUCAAAGUCAAAGAAUAAACAAAGUUGAAAACAUGUAAAUCCUGAAAGCUGUGUAGCGAUUUUAAAUUUCACAGAAUAGCUAUUUCCUAUGUCAUAUGACAUGACAUUACUCAGCUCUAUGCAGUAUCAAAAUUACUAAUAUAGACGAGGAAAAAAAUAAUGCCAAAUGCUGAAUGAGAGAAAUGUGUUUUAUGAUUCUCUAACUAAAAAUAAAACUGAGUCAUGAGUGGUUCACUUGAAGUAUUUUACUCUACAGAAGGCAGCUUGUUUAUGAUACACAUUUAUAAUCACUUACAGCAGAAGUGAAACUUUAUAGUAAUAUCAUUUUGGUCAGUGAGGGCUUCAUGGCACAGUACAGGUCCAGGUCCAGAGUUUUCUCUCCACAUCUGCACAGCAGGAUCUGGGUUUCUCUAAAAGGUCUGAACAUUUAACAACUUAAAACAGGGAGGAAAAGUAUAAAACAUCUAGGAGAUGAUCCAUGUCGGUCAGGAA